AUGUACGCUACACACCACAGGUACCUCCUGGAUCUACGAGAUCUACCACUUCCUCUUCUUCGUCUUCGCGAUCGGCUUCUUCUUCUGGAGAAGGAUCUUGAUCUUCUAGAUCUUGAACGACGACGAGAUCUUGAGCGACGUGAUCGUCCACGUCUCCUAGAUCGAGAGCGCGACGGACUUGGUGACAUUGAGCUGCGCCUCAAGCGUCGGGAUCGUCUUCGUGAUCGGGAGAGGGAUCUUCUUGAGCUUCUUCUUCUCGAUCUGGAUCGUCGAGAUUUCAGAGACAUGCUUCGGCUGCGACUUCUUCGUCUUCUACUCCUGCUUCUACCUCUUCGUGACGAACAAGGCAUGGUUAGUAAGUAA